AGUCUCAAAGCAAUUUAGAUCUCUACUCUCUGAUCAUUGUUUCCUCCGCCUCCACCACAACCGUUCACGUGAUUCCCUUUUUGCCACAGUCCUUUUCGACAUGCCUUUACAUUGUUCCCUUGAUCCAAGGGAGUUCCAUCAACGAAGAUAUGAUUUCUUUGUGUCCAACAAGGCCAAUUGCUUAGUCCACGACUUCACGGUUAGUGGCUUAAUGAGAAUCAUCAGAAUGUUAAGUUCUCACCACCAGCUGGUAUGCUUUGUUUGCUUAGAUGGUAUCCAUCUUUGCAACCCCGUGAAUAAGGAGUUAAAGAAUUUACCUGACCCUCCUUCGUCUCCAAGGUGUUUCAAUGAAUCUCAGAAGUGUCUCAUCUCUUUUGAAUUUGUUGAGGCCACGAUGCAAUACAAAGUCGUCAAGUGGCCUCAUGACUUGGAUGAAAACUGUACAAGGAAGUUGCCAAGUGGCCAAGUCAAUCAAGUCAACUUUGAGGUCUUGAAUAUCGAUAUCGUAGAAGAUGGCCGACUUAAAGUAUCACCCUGGAGAAGUCUGCAUAAACCAUGUCCUUAUCUUCUACAACUCUCUUCUCACGUUCAAGUCAAUGGAUUCAUCUACUGGACCACUAGUGAUUUUCAGAUCGUAUCUUUCUCUCUACAAGACGAGACUUUCUCAAGCGUAAACCCUACACCCCCUUGCUUCUGCCUUGACACACAAGAAUCCAAAAAAUCUCGCUUUUUCAAGCUAUUUGGAAGCCGCAGAAACUUAUGGAUGAUGGAUAUUGAUGACGCGUCUCAAAUCAUGGAUAUUUGGAAAAUGGAUGAAAGUAGAGACCGUGUCUGGACCAAGAAUCAUACGAUCGACCUCAGUGGAACCAAGUCAAACGAAAACGGUGGUAAAGUACUGCAUAUGUUAGAUAUUCGGUCAGACCGACUUUUCAAGCUAUCAUCGACGUGUCUAUUAUGCUAUGACCUCGUGAAAUACGGGAGUGUGUCCAAAGACUAUCAGCCAUGUCACUCCACUGAUGGACUCUUAUCUCUACACAACAUUGAUAUGUCUAGUUCUUUUCCAAGUUCCUCUCUUCCUUUUGAGUCUUUAUUAGCUUCUUAUGGAAAAACAUUGUACAGGGAACUUGACAUUCUUGGGAAGCUUGAGAACCUCGAUGUACCGGAGGAUGAGAUUGAGGAAGAUGUGACGUUCUUUGAUUUCUCGUCGUUUACAAGCCAAUAUUCUGGUAAGAAUUUGGUGAACGUGGAUAGCUUUGGUGCAGCUGGAGAUGGAGUUUCUGAUGAUACUCAGGCAUUUGUAAGCGCUUGGACCAUGGCCUGCUCUGCUCCAAACUCUGUGUUAUUGGUUCCACAAGGACGUAGCUAUUUAGUAAAUGCGACGAAAUUCGAUGGUCCAUGUCAAGAAAAAUUGAUCAUUCAGAUUGAUGGAACAAUCGUAGCACCAGAUGAGCCUAUCCAAUGGGACCCGAAAUUCCAAAGGGUUUGGCUUCAAUUUUCCAAACUCCAAGGAGUUGUAUUUCAAGGGAAUGGAGUUAUAGAUGGUUCUGGUACCAAAUGGUGGGCUGCUUCUUGCAAGAAGAACAAGUCUAACCCUUGCGUAGGCGCACCAACGGCUCUAACUAUAUAUUCAAGUUCAAAUGUGUAUGUGAGAGACUUAACAAUCCGGAACAGCCAACAAAUGCAUUUGAUCAUUGCUCGAUCAAAUACAGUUCGAAUCUCUAGAGUUAUGGUCACAUCUCCAGGUGACAGUCCCAACACUGAUGGAAUUCAUAUCACCGCAUCGACUGAUGUUGUAGUCCAAGACAGUAAAAUCAGCACAGGAGAUGAUUGUGUCUCAAUUGUGAAUGGAAGCGCGAAGAUAAAGAUGAAGAGAAUCUACUGUGGACCAGGACAUGGAAUCAGCAUUGGAAGCCUUGGACAAGGUCAUUCGACAGGAACCGUCACUGCAGUUGUGUUGGACACUGCGUUCCUAAAGAACACAACUAAUGGUCUAAGAAUUAAGACAUGGCAGGGUGGUAAUGGUUACGUAAAGGGUGUACGUUUCGAGAACGUAGUGAUGCAAGACGUUGCAAAUCCGAUUAUAAUCGAUCAAUUCUACUGCGAUUCACCAUCAACUUGUCAAAACCAGACUUCAGCGGUUCACAUAUCCGAGAUAAUGUACAGAAACAUAACCGGAACCACGAAAAGCGCGAAAGCCAUCAAAUUCGCGUGUAGUGACGCAGUCCCUUGCAGCCACAUUGUACUCAACAAUGUCAAUUUGGAAGGCAAUGAUGGAAAAGUGGAAGCUUAUUGUAACUCUGCUGAAGGGUUUGGUUAUGGUGUGGUUCAUCCUUCUGCGGAUUGUCUGUAUUCGCAUGACGACAAGGGCUUAGACCAAAAUCAUGAGUAUUUGGUAGAAACUGUUAUGGUCAGUGAAGAAACUGGAGAUGUUCACGACGAGCUUUAAGGGUGGUGAUCGCAUAUUUUGACGGUCGUUGUAGUGAGGGAUGCAGACGUACGUUAUAUGUAGUUGUAAUUCAUCUUAGCAACUGACCUAUUAUAUUAGCUUGUAAAUGAAGCAUAUACAAUGAGAUUGAAAAGCAUUGUAGUAUUCAAUAUACUUAUACAGUAAAA